UACCUAAACGCCGUCUUCCUUACGUCAAUAGCCGGUGCAAUCCGGUCCACUCCUAACCGGAAAGGGUUUAUCACCAUCACCAGCUCUCAAACUUAAACCGGAAAAAAAUUCAAUCUCCACUAAACCGAUGGAAAUCUCCGGACGGCGAAUGAGAAGAUUCCGGAUGAGAUUCGGAAGAAACCGCCUCGCCGGCGGCGAAAACGACGACGGUUCCGUCCUCUCGACGCGAAACGGAGGCAACACGGAGAACGAAGCUUCCUGUUGCUACUGCGAUCUCAAAAUCACGAUGUUCAACGAACACAUCUCCCGCCUCGGAAGACGAUUCUCCGGCGCGAUGAAGAUCUGGUUCUCAAUCGGACUCGGAUUCGGCGUCGCGUCUCUCCUCCUCGUCACACUCUUCCUUCUUCUUCAGUUCCACCCUAAACCACUCUCCAACCGCCUCGCUUCCGCCGUCUUCGGAUUCUCUCCUUCCACCCGUGUGUCGCUCUCGGGCUUCGUCUAUGUGUUUGUUUCAACAGUUAUUACUGUUUUAGUUCAUGAGCUCGGUCAUGCUCUUGCAGCUGCAAGUGAAGGGAUACAGAUGGAGUACAUUGCUGUUUUCAUCGCAGCUAUUUUUCCGGGAGGUCUUGUGGCUUUUGAUCAUGAUCUCUUGCAGUCACUUCCAAGCUUUAACGCGCUUCGUGUUUACUGUGCUGGUGUUUGGCAUAACGCUGUGUUCUGUGCACUCUGCGCGUUCGGUUUGUUUCUCUUGCCUGUGAUGCUGUCUCCCUUCUACAAACACGGUGAAAGCCUCGUGGUUGUGGAUGUGCCUUCUAAGUCGCCGUUGUUUGGUUAUUUGUCUCCUGGAGAUACUGUCGUGUCCUUGGAUGGGAUUCGGGUUUAUAAACCUAGCGAGUGGCUUGAACUGGCAGCGAUUUUGGAUAAGCAGAACACUGAGACGUCGAAUGCUUCCUUUGGAGGCUCGAGGAGGUUUCAUCACGGGAAGGGUUACUGUGUCCCUAUCUCUAUGGUUGAAGAAGGGUUCAAGGGGAAGAUGGUUGAGAACCGAUAUGUUUGUCCUGGUGAUCUCACUCCAUUUUCAACUAUGCCAUGCUCAGAUGUAGCAGCUCCAAGAGAGGUUUCUGUUUGUUUGGAUGCGAAGGAUAUCGUCAAGCUUAACAAAUGUGGUGAUGGAUGGGUGACAACGUCAGAGACUCAUGAUAAUAGUGGCUGUGUGUGUCCACAGGGGGAGAUGUGUUUACAAGCAAUGCAAUCUCCAGGCAUAUCAUGGACAGAGAUCUCUUAUAAAAGAACCUCAUCACUUGAUUGUUCUAGACUUGGUAUGGAUUUUAAUACCUCGAGUUGCGUCGGGACGUUUGUAUUUGUCGGUGAUCUGAUCGCCAUGUCACGUUCGGUUCAGUUAACCGCGUACCAACCUCGUUGGCUAUUAAACUACUUCGUCAAAUCCUUUCCGGAUAUCGUAGAAAGAAGCUUGACCUGCACGUUUCACGUCUCUCUCGCACUAGUCCUUCUCAACAGCUUACCUGUGUAUUACCUUGAUGGUGAAUCCAUUUUAGAGUCCUGUCUCCAAUUUUUCACAUGGUUAAGCCCAAGGAAGAAGAAGAAAGCUCUUCAACUAUGUCUUUUUGGAGGGAGUCUCCUCUCUCUUCUCGCCUUCUUCAGAAUCUUCUUCGUCGGUUUACCUCCAAGUCGAUAGUAAAAUGCCCGUGAAUCAUGAACCUUGACAUUUUUUUCUCAAAAUGUUUACUCUUUGAUUCGAGGCCAGGAGUAGCUCGAGUGCCUUGAACAUAUGAAGUUGAUGCAACUACACUCAGACUCGCCGGUUUCAUCAUGUUGAGAAUCAUUGGCGAACCUACAUUUCUCAAGAAGGUGGCAAUUGCCCCCACAAAAUUUUCAAAGUUUGUUAAAUAUGUUUAAACUUUGAUUAUUUUUCUUUUAGUAAAUAACAUUUUUACCUAUACUUUUUAAGUUUAUGUAAGAUUUGCCCCAACAAGAAAAUAAUUCUACAUUCGCCACUGUUGAGAAUGUUAAUGUUAGAUCGCAUUCGCUGUAGAUAUUGUUGUUGUAUAGAAGCUAAAUCAGUUAGAAACAUCUAUCUAUUAUAUUAAAAUA